AUGCAGCUCAAAGACAAGCCCCAACACGUCGCCGUCGACCCCGCCUUCAGGCCCCUGCCGGAGCACGGCCACCUCUCCGAGAAGUGCCCGGACUUCGUCGCCGCCGAGCCAGCCAUCGACGCCAUCUACAAGCAGCUGUGGGCGCUGCCCGACUUCCAGGCCUUCCGCGAGGCCGCGGGCGACGCUGAUGCCGUCAUGCCACCCGGCGGACCUGAUCGGUACCGCGACGUGACGACGGAGCUGCUGCAAUUCCCCGCCCGCGAUGGCCAGCUGGUCGAGCUGAAGGUUUAUAAGUCGCCUCAGGUGAAGCCGAAUGCUACGUUGAUGUACCGUAUGCACGGUGGUGGCCACGCGAUUGGAGGGCACGAGACUGAUGGUGCCGAGAAUGUAUACGCCGCCACAAACCCUAACAUCGUUGUUGUUAGCAUUCGAUAUCGAUUAGCACCCGAGUUCCCCUUUCCACUACAAGGUAACGAUUGCAUCGAUGGCUUGGUAUGGUGUAAGAAAAAUGCGAAAACUCUUGGUGUAGACCCGGAGAAGAUCAUCGUUGCCGGAAGCAGCGCAGGAGCCAACCUUGCCGCCGUCCUAGCCAUCAUGGCCCGCGACCAAGGCAUAACCGGCAUCGUCGCCCAAGUGCUUCACUUCCCCACCACCUGCCACCCCAAGUUCUUCCCCUGGGACAAGUACGAGUACGGCAGCUGGAUCCAGAACAUGGACAACUGCGUCCUGACCGCCUCCAUGAUGGAUGCCUUUUACGAGGCGUACAUCCCCGAUCCCAAGCCCGACCACAGACACUCGCCGCUGCUCGCGGAGUCCUUGGCGAAGCUUCCGCCAGCUUUAAUCCAGAUCGCAGGCUUCGAUAUCCUCCGCGACGAGGCCUUCGCGUACGCCGACGCCCUCCGCGCCGCGGGCGUCGAGGUAACGAUUUACAGCUACAAAGGCCUGCCGCACUGCUUCCCGUCUGUGAUCCCCACGCUUCCGCAGACGGCUACGUUUUACGAGAUUUACAACGAGUUCUUGAAGAAGCAUGCGAGCAGCUCCGGCUAG